CAGCCAAGUGUGCUUUGUCCGCCACCAUUUCAAAGUGUUCAAUCCGAAAGGACAUCUGUGGGACUAGAACCGAUGUAGAUUAUUUCGGUUCACUGGGCACAUCCUGUGUACACGGGGAAACGAAAUACCAAGAUUACAUGGGGGAUAUAAAAUGGAACCACGCCCGCUGUCCUUUUUAAUUCAGACCAAACUCUACCCCCUCUCUAUCAUAAUGCGAAAUCUACCCAUCGAAAUCAUCAACGUCGUCGUUGAGAAUGUUUCUUCCAUGACCGAUCUUCUCCAGCUACGCUGUUUAAACCAGGCGUAUCGAGAUCUUGUCACCCCCAUCGCAUUCACCAAACUUCACAUCAAAAACAGCAUCCAGAGUGCACAAAACUUCCAGCAGAUCAUCGCUGCUACCCACCUUGCUACCCAUGUUCGGGAAGUUGUCUAUGAUUCUCGUGAUGAUGAAUGUUUCCAAUUUCCCCAGGAAAACAUUGAAGUCGAAGAUAUGCUUGAAGUUGCCGAGCUUGAAGAAGCCUUGACCGAAGCUUUCUGUGCAAUCGAUGCACUCCCCAGACUUGAAUGCGUCACCGCGAGUUUCUGGCCAUCAUUUAUCUCCCAGUCUGGGAAGGAAAUUCGCGAGAGCCCUUUCUGGUUCACGAAUCGGCAGCUCACGGUUACUCAUGCUAUAUACCACGCUAUGAAGACAUCUCGCAUGACAUCCCUUUCUCUCAACAAUGUGGUCAUGAUGCCUCCUUCACGCUAUGAUUUUGUCUCUUCCCUUACGAACUCGCCCCUGUCUCAUCUUUCAUUAUCUGUCGUGCCGAACGCCGAUAUCAGUGCCUGGUCGGGCUCAAAGGACAUUAAUGGAUCACUUGGCGCACUCCUGCCCCUUUCUAAUACCACGCUCAAAUCGCUGGCGCUGCGCAGCCCUCAGGGCCCAUACCACAGCUUAGAAACCAAGCUUUCUUCAUUUCACUAUCCAUCACUCGAAUCACUCGUGCUUGAAAAUACCAUCUUUGAUCAAACGCCCUCUCCUGAUGGCGUCGAAGAAUUUGUUAUCCGCCAAAAGAGUGGCUUGCGUCACCUAGAGCUACGAUCAUGCGCAAGCUAUGUAGCAAGCCCAUCAUUCGAUGCCAGGCUGUGGUCGAGCAUCUGGCAACGAUGGGCAACUGAGCUCACCAGUUUGAGAGAGCUUGUCGUGGACGGCGACAGUGGAUAUGUUGUCCUCAAUGCUGACUGGGGUUACGUCACUUAUAAGCCGAUCAGCACCAUAGCAGCUGAGAGCGACUCGUCGAGCUUGGAGAUGUUCCGGGAUGCAAUAGCAUCCGCUUGUACGGUUGUGGCAUGAACUUGUGGUGGCAUCAUUGUUUUACUUCUUUAGGCGAUCUCGGACUUGUAUACCAUUUGCAUAGAACAAUCUUGUAUAUCUACAUACUGUGAACACGGAUCCUGCGGAAAGAAUUUGUGUUGACGCCAUCAU